AUGGUUCAGUGUUACUGUUGUAUUAGGUUUGGCCACUUUGCUAAACAUUGUUGGUCAAACAAAGAAGAUGCAAAAAUAGCUAGAGGAGAUUCUGAUGAUGAACCUGUGCUAUUAAUGGCUUAUGAAUCUGAUGAGGAACCUGUGAAGUUAGAAGAUGACAUUGAAGAUUCUGAAAAUGAGUCAGAAUCCGAGGUUUCGGAAGAAGAGUCAGAGUUAGAAGAUGACUCUGAAGCUGAAGAUAAGUCAGAAUUCGUAUGUGAUUCUGGGUCUAAAGAAGAAUCUGAAGAUGAGUUAGAAUCUCAAGGAGAUUCUUCUUCUGAAUGUGAGUCGGAACUUGAAAGUUCUGAAGAAGAGUUACAGUCAAAAGAUGAAGAAUCUUUUGGAGACUCUAAAGAUGAGUCAGGUGGUGAAUCUGAUUUUGAUCCAUAUUUUGAUGAUGAUCAAGAAUCUGGUGGUGGUCAUGCUUUUAGAGGACAAGCUUCCGAAGAUGAUCAAAUUUGUGAUGGUAAUCACGAAUCUGAAGGCAGACCUUAUGAAGGAGGAACUUCUAAAGGUAGUUCAGCCUCUAAUGGUGGUCAUGAUUCUAAAGGUGAAACUUUUGAAGGCAGAGCUUCUGAAGGCGAACCAACUUCUAAAGGUGGUGGUUUUGGAGAAGACCCAAAAGUUAACAAAGGUGGAACUUCUGGUGGUAGUCAAACUUCCGGAGAAAAUCCAGAAGGAGAUAUGGUUCCAGAAUCAGAAGGAAAUUCUGAACUAUUGGGUAUUGAAGAAGCACUCGAGAAAAAAUUCUGGGAUGGUGUUGGAAGUAGUUGUUGGAAGUAA